GCUAAAUGGUCCCCGUGACUGUAUGGACCUGCUGACGACUGGACACGACACCAGCGGUGUGUACACCAUCUACCCUGAUGGAGGAGGGAAAAGUCCUGUUCACGUCUACUGUGACAUGGACACUGACGGGGGAGGAUGGACGUUAUUCCAGAAGCGACAAGACGGUUCUGUCAACUUCUACCUUGACUGGCAGGCGUACAAGACAGGGUUUGGUGACCUGAGGGGAGAGUUCUGGCUAGGCAAUGACCACCUCCACCGCCUGACGGCCCAGGAUGUGUACGAACUGAGGGUGGAUCUUGAGGACUUUGAGGGUAACACGGCCUACGCCAAGUACAACAUCUUCAGGGUGGAGGAUGAGGUGCACAAGUACAGACUGACUGUGGAAGGGUACAGUGGAACUGCAGGUGACGCCAUGAACGAACCAAUAGGUCCUCACACCGGCAUGUACUUUUCUACAAAGGACAGGGAGAACGAUCCCCAACCUGAUGACCAUUGUGCCGAAGUAUACAAAGGCGCAUGGUGGUACAAUAAUUGUCAUCAUGCCAACCUGAACGGGCUGUACCUGGGCGGGGUUCACCAGUCCUUUGCAGAGGGUGUCAACUGGUACUCAUGGAAGGGUUACAAUUAUUCCCUAAAAACUACUGAAAUGAAAAUAAGGCCUAACUAGGCUAAUCAGCAUCAAAGAAGGUCGACACAAAGUAUCUUCAGUAGAAAUAAAAUCAGUACCAUAUA